AUGUCAAACUCAGUAGCUGAAAAUGUCUUGGGGACAAUAGGGACCGUGUUAUGGUGUAUUCAACUUAUUCCCCAAGUUAUUAGGAACUAUAGGAAAAAGGAUUGUGAAGGUUUACCUCCACUGAUGAUGUUUUUAUGGGCUGCUAGUGGUGUUCCAUUUUCUAUUUAUUUCAUAGCUAUUGAUGGAUCCAUUCCUUUGAGAAUUCAACCACAGUUGUUUACGUUCUUCUGUACCAUUUCAUGGAUUCAAACAUUAUACUAUCCACCUAAAAAUGUCACACGCACCAGAUUGGCUGCUUAUGUGGGAUCUUUUAUUUUAAUUUCUGUUGGCCUAGAAGUGGGAUUGAUUUUAUGGCUAAGACCUUUGUAUAGAAGAGGAAUAGAAUGGCCAAUGUUGAUUAUUGGUAUUAUUGCUUCGGUGUUGUUAGCUGUUGGGCUAAUUCCUCCGUACUUUGAAUUGGCAAAACGCAAAGGAAGAGUUGUUGGUAUCAACUUUUUAUUUUUGAGCAUGGACUGCACAGGUGCUUUGUUUUCUAUGUUGAGUGUAUUAGUUGGUACUAUGGAUAUCAUGAGUAUCGUAUUGUAUGCCAUUGUGAUGGCUUUAGAGAUUGGUAUCUUCCUCAGUCAUGUUAUCUGGUGGUUGAGAAUUGGAAGAAAAGGCGAUACCGAAUCAAUUGAACUAGAAAAGCAUACCGAUAUUUCCAGCAAAGAAGACAUUAAGAAAGAUGAUGUGUCAGUGUAA